AGGGUGAUGAGACUGGUAUCAUGGACGGCCUGUUGGAGGCGCUGCAGUCUGGUGCUGCCUUCAAGAGGAAGAGAGGCCCACGACAAGCUGCCAACCGGAGAGCUGGUCAUGCAGUAACGAACAUCCUGGCCAAAGAGUUGAUGAAGGAGGACACCCCGCCCUCCUUCAGCAAACCACUCAAGAAGACCAAGGCCGAACAGAAGGAGGAGCCUAGCAUAGAGGGGGCGGGGUCACUAGAUGAUCUCUUAGAGGAAAGCCUAUCACGGUCCAGUUAAAAACGGGUUGAAGUUACACCUUAGCCACAGAUCUUGGAUCAGCCUACCAUACCCAUAUCCUAACCUUAACCAUGGGGGCAGGGAUGCAGAAGCUGAUCUUAGAUCAGUGUCUAGCGGUAACUUCCUCCUACUCUCCUUCAUAGGACCAUGGGAUUGGACAGACUGGGUCUGAAGGGGCCAAUGGAUGAGUGCGGGGCUCUCACCUUAACCACACCCCCAGGGUUUCGCAGGGUGGCUUGCUAUUAGUCGCGUCCACGCUGAGGGAGGGCUCUUGCUCUGCCGUAUAAACGUACAGUGUCUGAUCAAGCGUCGGCAUCUGCACACAUCCACUGCACUCUGUCUAUCGCUCAUUCAGUCUCUCUUUCUCUCUGUCUCUCUCGCGCACACUAUCUAUCCGUCUACUCUCCUCUCUAAAGUACGUCUUGAGACAAUCCCGCAGACACUUUAUCAGGAGGGAUCCCCCCCCCAGAGGGAUAGGAUGGAUUUCCCAAUCCGGACGGUUGGACUGUCCUACCUAUGUGGAGGCCCUGAUGUUUUAUAGGACAGGCUUUGCUUUUUCCCAGGUUUGCUUUCAAACCUGUUAAAUGUUGCUCUGUAAUUGUCAAAUAUGCUGUAUGUUUUGUCUUGCUGUAUGUUUAUAAAAGAAACAAGUGCCAACCAAUACAACUUCAAGUUGCACAUGUCAGCCCUCGUGUUGUCCAAUAGCAGUUUGUGUUGGGUCAGGCUGGACCAAGGGAUAAGUCUAAGUGUGGUUGUGCGCCCGCCCGUGGCCCGCAUGUUCCACUGUCCUCAUCUCAUUUCCCCGGGUCUUGCUCUUUAUGUUCUCUCUGAUUCACAGGGAGGAGUCACUAUGUCGGUGAUAAAGACUAUAGAGCCCUAUUGGCAUCUCUCAAAGGACGUCUCCACAAGCAGGAAAUUGUGUGUGUCCAGAGCUACGUGUGUGUGUGGAUGUUAGUGGUUGUUUGUGCAUCUAUGUUGUGUGUGUGCCUGCGUGUGUGAGUUUGUGCUUGGGUAUGCUCUGCCAUCUGUAAUUACUGUGUGGUUCUGCCUGCCUGUCUGCCGUCAUCAUAAAUGCUAUAUUUCCUAAACAGCGCUGUGGUCUUUCUGCUGAAGUUACAGCAACAUUGGAGACCUGCCCCAAAAGAAAUGCUGAGACGAGUGUGUGUCCCCAUACGAGUGUGUGUCCCCGUACGAGUGUGUGUCCCCGUACGAGUGUGUGUCCCCGUACGAGUGUGUGUCCCCGUACGAGUGUGUGUCCCCGUACGAGUGUGUGUCCCCGUACGAGUGUGUGUCCCCGUACGAGUGU